AUGACAUCUUUCUUUCAGGUGUUUGAACUAUUACGUGAGCAGCUCUGGUACAGGCCCAACUCUGGUAUAUACAUCAAGCUAAUUGUAAUGCUAGGAAAAUGUAAGCAACCUGAAAAGGCCCAUGCCCUCUUUCUCGCUAUGAUUGAUGAAGGCUGUGUUAACCAUGAAGCCUACACUGCUCUUUUAUCUGCCUACAGUAGGAGUGGGCUGUUUGACAAAGCAUUUUCUCUCCUCGAGAAGAUGAAGAACACCCCGGAUUGUCAGCCUGAUGUCCACACUUACUCGGUCCUCAUAAAAUCAUGCCUGCAGGUGGUUGCCUUUGACAAAGUGCCGGUUCUGCUUUCUGACAUGGCUAACCAGGGAAUCAAGCCCAACACUGUCACAUACAACACCCUCAUUGAUGCCUAUGGAAAAGCAAAAAGGUUUGCAGAGAUGGAAUCGACACUCUUGGAAAUGCUUCGAGAAGGGAAAUGUGAACCUGAUGUGUGGACCAUGAACUCCACGCUCAGGGCCUUUGGCAGCAGUGGGCAAAUAGAAACAAUGGAAAAGUGUUACGAGAAGUUUCAGAGUGCUGGAAUAGAACCCAACAUCAAGACCUUCAACAUACUCCUGGAUUCCUAUGGAAAGGCUGAGAAAUAUGAGAAAAUGAGUGCUGUGAUGGAAUACAUGCAAAAAUACCAUUUCUCAUGGACAAUUGUGACCUACAAUGUGGUAAUAGAUGCAUUUGGGAGAGCUGGGGAUUUGAAACAGAUGGAAUAUUUGUUUAGGCUGAUGCGAUCAGAGAGGAUAAAGCCAAGCUGUGUCACACUUUGCUCACUAGUCAGGGCUUAUGGACGAGCUGGAAAAGCUGAAAAAAUUGGGGGUUUGCGUUUUAUCGAAAAUUCAGACGUGAUGCUUGAUAUUGUGUUUUUCAAUUGCCUGGUGGAUGCUUAUGGGAGGCUGGGUUGCUUUGCAGAGAUGAAAGGGGUUCUUGAGAUGAUGAAGAAGAAGGGUUGUAAGCCUGAUAAAAUUACAUAUAGAACCAUGAUUAAAGCUUAUAAAAUUGGUGGGAUGACAAGCUGUGCCAAGGAGCUUCAGGGUCUCAUGAGAAUGCCAGAUGAGACUCGGUUAGAGAUGGGGAAGCCUGACUUUCGAUGAGAACUGCUACCGGUCAUAUAAAAUCCUCAACUUUACUGUUAAGUAAUUUUUGCUAGUGAUUCUUGUGUCACCCAUAAGAAUGUAAAAUGAAAUGCAAUAAGCAAGUAAAAAUCCUGUUUUGUGAUUCUUUUGGUUGGCCAAGGUAUGGUGCUUGAUGUCUGGGUA